AUGAUUAACUCGUCUAUCUUCGAGAGUUUACAGUCAAAAAUCGAUGAAGAGUCCAAGAUCCGUGAUGAAAUUCAAGAUAUUGUCCAGGAGCUUUCUAAGCGAGGCAGAGCUGUUCAGGCGCUUCUCUCACGAGCUCACUCUACGCCUCCAUCUCAGAUAAACCCUAUCCUUGAUAAUGCCACAAAAGAAAUCUCAGCACAGCGAGAGGACAUCGCCAAGCUGGUGACUGUUGCCUCAAAGCACCCCUUCUACAAAUAUAACCACCUCUGGAGUAAAGAGUUGCAGAACCUGGUCUUCUCGAUUGAGUUCUGCAGCUGGCUCGGUGGUAUGAAGGGAGUUGUCAGCGACAACACGACCUUCAUGACCAUUGAAGACGUGGGGAAGUUCCUUGCCGUUCCGGUCAACCUGAAGGACCAGGAUGCCUUCCACCUUACGAUCGAAGAGUAUUUGCAUGCUCUUAUCUCUCUUGUUGAGGAACUGUCUCGACUCGCUGUCAAUUCAGUUACCCUUGGCGAUUAUACUCGGCCUCUACAAAUCCAUACCUUUAUCUCUGACCUUCACGCAGGGUUCCAGCUCCUUAACCUCAAGAAUGAUUCUCUGAGAAAGAGAAGCGACGGGAUCAAAUAUAACGUCAAAAAGGUUGAGGACGUAGUGUAUGAUCUGUCUCUCCGAAACUUGAUUCCCAAGAAGGGGGCCCACGAGUAA